AUGGAGUGGGUGCCGCAGAGCAUCGAGGUAGCAAUGCAGUCGCCGAAGGACAGUGCCCCAGCCGUGACCGCGGUCCAGGUUCCAAGCGGGACGAGGCUCGGCGGGCCCUCCCAGCGAGGAGCCCUGCCAGGGAAGCGCUGCGCCCUCUUCGGCCCAGCUACGUCGCCUCGUCCUUGACGGCUGCCGGCGGCUGCUGUUCUUGCGGCGCGUGCUGCAGGCUGCCCGCAGGUGGGUGCAGGACUCCUGCUGGGCGCGUACGCCGGCGCCAAGGCCUACCCGGGGGUAGGCUGGGCUUUAUCGGUGGGAGAGCAGACGGCCUUGCUUGCAACCACGGUGUGCAGGCCGGUGGCUCUCGUGUGCCGCGCGCCUGUGUCGUGCACAGACUGGUGUCUGUGCAAAGCUCUAGACGUCGCGGAGGCGGUCUUCCCGUGUGUCUCCAUGCCCCCGAGCCAGGUAGACGCUUCUGCCUCUUGA